AUGAAUUUUUCUCUCACAUACAUAUUAGUUGCUGUAGUCAUAGCUUAUAUAGCACAUUCUUCUUGGGUGUUAUAUCAAUUAUUUAAUCCUAAACCCUGUACAAAACAGCCAUGUUUGAAGGCUUAUAUUUCUCGAAAGCCGAAAUUGGAGAUGCAUAUUUAUACAUCCACUAAGAAGACACAGAUAUCAGAAAAAGAUCUCUCUCUUGUUUGGAAGAAUUCAAAUUUUGAUCUUCAUAAUACAGAAGCAAGGGAAUUUAAUGUUUCAAUACCAUGGAAAACAAGAAAAAAUGGUACCUUAUUUGCUCAUGUGUUUGUUCUUCCAAAGAAAUCUGAUCCAUUCGUUAGCGAAUUGGUUUCUCAUAGUUAUACAUCAUUAACUACCUAUGCAAUACCAAAAGCCCUAGCCAUAAAUCUAUUAGGGAACUCUGGAAGAAAUAAAAGUGGGUAUAUUGGUCCAAAUAAACCUGUCACACAUUGGAGACAAAAAUUAACUAUAAGUGUUAUGGAAGAUGAUAUAGCUUUUGAUAGAAUGGGUAUACCAGCUGAAGUAUUUAGAUAUAUGAAAAUAAGUCGUACAGGGGAAUAUUUACCAGUAUUAUAUAUUGAUGAAUUAGCUUUUAGAACUAAAGAUUUGUUGGUAAUCAACAAUAGUCAUACUUUACCAUUAACUGUUACCUAUACACCUAUAUCAGUCGGAAAACUAAGAAUGUGGCACAAUGUUCAAGAAUCAUUUAAAAUGUUAAAAGGGUUAGGUUUUACAGAGAAGGAUACUGAUGAAAUAAAAGGCAUAUUUUCAGACACUAAUUUUUAUUUUUUAUUGUUAACUUUUUCUGUAGCAGCAUUUCAUUUGCUAUUCGAUUUUCUGGCUUUUAAGAAUGAAAUUCAUUAUUGGAAAGAUAGAAAAGAUAUGGUUGGAUUGUCAUCAAGAGCUGUUAUAUGGCGUUGUGUAUCUACUAUUAUUAUCUUCUUUUACUUGUUUGAUGAAAAUACCAGCUUACUGGUAGUUAUUCCAGCUGGUAUUGGUACUCUGAUAGAGAUAUGGAAAGUUAAAAAAGCUUUCAAGAUAACGAUGCAGUGGACAGGAAUGACACCAAGUUUUCAGCUUGGUGAUAAAGAUGAAAGAGAAAAACAAACAGAAGAAUUUGAUUCUCAAGCAAUGAAAUACUUAUCCUAUAUCCUGUAUCCAUUAUGUAUAAUUGGUGCUGGUUAUUCACUAUUAUAUGUUCAACAUAGAAGUUGGUACUCGUGGAUAUUAAAAAGUCUAGUCAACGGAGUUUAUGCCUUUGGGUUUUUAUUUAUGUUACCACAAUUAUUUGUCAACUAUAAGUUAAAAUCUGUUGCACAUUUACCUUGGAGAGCUUUUAUGUAUAAGGCAUUCAAUACAUUUAUAGAUGACGUAUUUGCAUUCAUCAUUACCAUGCCAACAGCACAUAGAUUAGCUUGUUUUAGAGAUGAUUUAGUCUUUUUAAUUUAUUUAUAUCAAAGAUGGUUAUAUCCAGUAGAUAAAACACGGGUAAAUGAAUAUGGUAUGUCUUAUGAAAAUGAACAAGAUCAAAAGGAAACGAAAAAGUCAAAGUGA